GCGGUGGCCGUGUUUUUUCUCUAGCCACGACGCCACGCUCGUCUUUGUUAUUGACACACGCGGGUUUUGUGUUCACUCCCGACAGCUUGUCAGGUGUUCCUUAGCACCCGUGACGCCAGCCGCCUCGGAAGUACUCUCAGGGAAGGAUCCGGCCACGGAAAGCAGCACCAUGCAGCAAACCGCGGCCACAGGCCGGACGGAGAUGAGACCGGUUAAGUACCACUACGCGGACUCGUUCUGGUGCACCUACCUGGUGUCGGUGUUUGCGGCCAGCAUCGCCGAGACGGUUACUUACCCGCUGGAUCUGACCAAAACGCGCCUCCAGAUACAGGGUGAAGCGGCCGUAACGGCCACCACCGAAGGAGGAAGUCUCAAAUACCGCGGAAUGUUUGCCACCGCUUCCGGCAUCGUCCGUGAGGAGGGCGCCCUCAAGCUAUGGCAAGGAAUCACACCGGCCCUCUACCGGCAUCUGGUGUACAGCGGUGUCCGCAUCGUGACCUACGACUCUCUGCGGAAGAAGCUGCGCAACGGAAAGGACACCUUCUCUCUCUGGCAGUCGGCCGUGUCCGGUGUCGGAGCCGGUGCUCUCGCCCAGUGGCUCGCCUCCCCGGCCGAUCUGGUGAAGGUGCACGUCCAGAUGGAAGGAAAACGGCGUCUGCUUGGGUUGGAACCACGGGUGCACAGUGCGGCACACGCUUUCCGCGAAAUCGUUAGCCGUGGGGGUGUGUUUGGCCUUUGGAAGGGUAGCGUCCCGAACGUACAACGAGCGGCUCUCGUCAACCUGGGUGAUCUAACGACGUACGACACGGUGAAACACUUCAUCAUGCACAAAACCGGCCUACCAGAUUGUCACCUGGUGCACAUCAUGUCGUCGAUCUGUGCUGGGCUGGUAGCGGCCAUUAUGGGCACACCCGCGGACGUGGUGAAGACACGCAUCAUGAACCAACCGACGGAUGCCACUGGCCGUGGACUGCUGUACAAAGGAUCCAUCGAUUGUCUGCAGCAAACCAUCGGGAAGGAGGGUUUCUUUGCUUUGUACAAGGGUUUCCUGCCCGUUUGGAUCCGGAUGGCACCGUGGUCGCUCACGUUUUGGCUUUCGUUCGAGCAGAUUCGGGCAAGCCUCGGUGCUAGUGGAUAUUAGGCUUUAGCUCGAUCACUUAUGAUUAGUUUCGCUGUAAUUGCACAAAGUGUAGUGUACGGUCCCUUGUCGUAGAGGGUUCCGCAGCCCACAGUCUGUUUCAUCACGUUGCUCCUCGAGUUCUUUCUCUGUGCCAUUCUCUUUGCACCGUUGUUACUUUUCAUCGUUUACUAAUACCGGUAUUACCACCGUUGACGUGUAGUGAGUGCUUUCACAAAAAUCGUGCUUCAUAUCAGGCGUGGUAGCCGCUCUUCGUAGGGUUGUGCGCGCGAGCAAUGUUCAUGUUUUCUUUUUGAAACUGUGAUUUAGUGUAGUCGGUAGAACGCGUCUCCCUCAAGCAUGGCUGCCAGUUAGUUGUAGUAGGAAAGUAUUCGGCCCAGCGGAGGUGAGCGACUUAGUCCCAAAUAGAGUGCAAUAAUUGCGUCUGGAUUAAUGUUCCUUUUCACCUGGCAAGAGCAAAGGAGGACUAGUGCUGCCUAAACUCCCGUGUAUUCCUUAAUCAUCCAACGAUUUUACUUCGAGGCAAGCCCCCGUUGAACGUUCCCGUCAGACUGUCUUCGGUUCGGGAGGGAACGCUUUGUCGUUCUACUUCUCAUCGACACUCCUUUUCCGCCACGUUCCUUACAAACGCCAAGCAAACUAAUGUAAAACAUGCGCCUUCGUGUGGUUAGUGUUUUUUCUGGAAACUUAGAAACCCCUCAGCCAACGACGACAAUACCAAAACUUUUGUACGAUAGUAAGGGAUACGAUUAUAGAGCGAAGGAAGGCAAAACUCGGCUUUGCAGAAGGUUACUAGUGUACUAUCAAUAGCAAUAUUAGACCGGGCUAAGGUGCGCUUGGUUAGUAAGUAGUGAUGUAAAGUUAAAAUUUUCCACCGUUUUUGAUGACACUCGUCGAGUGCCACUACUAGAAGGCACGUAUAUUAGCAACAAAAAAACAAUUACUACUCUGCAACAUAACGAAUAAACUCCUAGGCCGCCAAUGUCGCGAAAGCUCUCGAAAAUAUUGUAAAGUGUACAUAUGUAGGAUAGCGAUAAUGUAAUGUUAUGUUAGCGAUCACUAAUGGGGUCGGGUUUGAAUUUUUGGAGGUUGCACUAGAACAACAAUAAA